UCAAAACCACAGAUAAUGCUCUCGAGGUCAAAAGCUCAGCUGUCUCCUCGGAGAAGUCACGUCUGUGUGGUUAGCGACUGUAUAGACAGUGUAGAUGAAAAGAUCGCCAUGAUUUAUGUAGUUUCAGCCAAACUUGACUCAAUCAAGGAACGUUGGGUUGGUAGCAAGAGUAGAAAGAAACAAUACGCUUUUGUUUUUAACCUCACGUGGUCGGAUGGCUCUUUAAGUGUCAUCUGGCGCAGUUACAAUGACGUUUUCGAUUUUCAAUGUGGACUGUUGGACUCUUUUCCUGAGGAAGCUGGUACCGUGAGAGGAUUUGUGAGGAUUAUACCUUACCUUCCAGGGAGAAAAAUCCUUAGGAAAAGUGAUCUAACUCUUGCGGAAGAACGAAAACCAGAGAUUGAAAGUUAUGUCAAAAAAUUGAUCAAGCUUCCUCCCAAGAUUUCACAAAGCAACAUUGUGAUGUCUUUUUUGAAAAGAAAGCAAAGUGAUCCUGAGUGGUUUCAACAAUUUCCACAGGGAAUCAAUAGACAGGGUGAUCAUGUAGAUAUUAGUGAUUCAAAGGAUUCAAUGACAGAAAAUACAGUUAAAGAAGGCCAACAGGUACUUCAAGGAGCAGAUUUACUUUAUGAAGAUGACAGUGGACAAGGCAGCUACUUGAAUCCCACAUUUGAGGCAUCAGAAGUCUAAGCUAGUGCCUAAAACCUGCAGGAAUCAGUAGAAUAUUAGAAGUCUUUUAAAGUUGCCAGAUAAAGUCCUAUGCAGAAGCCAAGUGGUUCACACCGGCAGAAAUAUUUUCCAGUCUCCACAAACAAGGAGUAUUCAUAAUUCCCUGCAAGUUCAAGAUGUUUUUUUUUUCAUAAAUGAUCGUAGCAAUUUUUUAAAUUGCAUUCUGAGGUAACUUACAUGUAAGGUUGUGUAAGCAAACCAUGUGUGUCUUCCUGGAAAUGAUUCAGAAGAAAUGUAACUAAGGGUGCAUUCCUUUGGGGUGAUGUGGAUCAGGAUCAGUGAUCCAAGAUCACUCAGAUCAUGGUACAUCAAAGAAGCCAAUUAAUCCCUGACCAGAGUGGAUUCACCGGUUCCUUUGAUCAGACCAUGUUGGAUCACUGAUCCCAAAGGAAUGCACCCUACGAUUUCUGUGGUAUAGUGCAAUGUCUCCACAGUAAAAUUUACCUUGAACCAUUUGACACCUUCGUAAUUUAUCAUAUGUUUUGGUGGCACAGUUUGUCUUAGAUCACUUCUCUUGCAUGGAGGAUAACUUAAAUCCCCUGCAACCUUCAACAGUAUUGCUCUCAAUCUGCUUCCAACCGGGGUAGAAUUCAUUAGGCAUGGUACAUCAAUGGAAAACAUGCUAAAUGUAUACCACGUAACACCGCAUAAAAUAAUGAAGUCUAGCAUCAGAGUCAACUUUUAGUAAUGCUUAUUGUUAAGCAACCAAUUGGAACGUGGUCCGUGAACCCUGGAGAAACAGCAGGUUUCGCAAGCACCAUCAAUGCGUGUGAUAUACUAUUUCAUUGUUUGAUGAAAUUAGAGUUUACAGAAUUUAAAAGUUACAUUAUUUUAAUCUAACAUGCAGGUUUUUUUUAUAGUAAUGGUGAUAGUUCAUUGAAAUAUUCUUGAGAUUGACUAUUUACAACCAAGUGCUCAAAUGUUCAAGGAACAUAGGUUCCAAUACCAGCCGCCGUUCAACAAAGGAUCCUGCACUCCUCCUCCUAAGGCACAACUAGACGCAUGAGCUUUGCAUUGUUAAUUUCCGCCAAUCAAAAACAUGCCUACAUGAAUUGAGCAGGCGGCAUAAAUUUUCUUUCUAGUGAUAAGGAGCAUAGCCCAGGAGAGUGGCAGAAAUGGAACCCACCUCAAACACAACUUUUUGUCUGCUGUAAAUAUUUACUAUGAGGUUGCAUGACAAUGAUAACUGCUGCAGAGGAAAAAAACUGAAAUGAAACUAAACAUGAAUACAUAAUACAGUCCAACACACACUGGCAUAAUUUUGAUGUUUUCCUUGAAUUUCUUUCAGCUUCUCUAACAGUGAAAAUGUACUGUACAGACUGGUGACUGGAAUGAAACAAUAAAUAAAAUUACCAGACAAGUUCAGGAAAUAUACAAUAUUAAGUUACAAAUAUUUGGGUCUAUUUCAUUGACUGGAUUUCGGAAUGUUAUUUCUAUUAUUUAAUUAUUAACAAUGUGUUAACUAAGUUCACAUUGGGCACUACAGCAAAAUAUCCACUAACAGUAACUGGUUUAAGUAGUAAGAUAUAUCUACCAUACCAAGAUUGUAGCCUUAUCUCUUUGGUACUAGCAAAGAAAUCAGUCUACACCUAAACUUAUUUAGCAGAGAAUCACUUAAAAUUGAACCUGUGUAAGACUUCUUCACAGAAGAAAAAAAAUUAAAAUUACAAAACCCA